AUGUCCAUCCCCACUUCAUGCACCACGCUGGUCGUCGGCGGCGGCCCAGCAGGAUCCUACGCAGCAGCCGCUCUGGCGCGCGAGGGCGUGGACGUUGUUCUGCUGGAAGCCGAUGUCUUUCCACGAUAUCACAUUGGCGAGAGCAUGCUCGCGUCCAUCCGGCACUUCCUCCGCUUCAUUGACCUGGAGGAGACGAUUGAUAACUACGGGUUUCAGAAAAAGCGUGGGGCCGCCUUCAAAAUCAACGAAAAAGGCGAAGCGUACACCGACUUCGUCGCCGCCAAUGGGCCCAACGGCUAUGCAUGGAACUUCGUGCGCGCCGAAUCCGACGAGCUGAUGUUCCGGCACGCUGCGAAAUGCGGCGCCAAGGUUUUUGACGGUGUCAAAGUCACGGCGAUCGAGUUUACACCAAACGACGACCCCUUGUCUGAUGAUUCAACACCGCACGCCCAUUCGUACCAACGCCCUGUGUCUGCAAAAUGGGAGCGGAAAUCAGACGGCAGCGUUGGCACGAUUAAGUUCGAGUACCUCGUUGAUGCGAGUGGGAGGGCUGGCCUGGUCUCGACCAAGUAUUACAAGAACCGUAAGUUCAACCAGGGCUUGCGCAACAUCGCGAAUUGGGGGUAUUGGCGUGGCGCGGGCAGAUAUGCCCCGGGGAAGGAACAGGAGAAUCAGCCCUUUUUCGAGGCUUUAACUGAUGCAAGCGGCUGGUGCUGGGCAAUCCCCUUACACAAUGGCACCAUGUCCGUUGGCAUAGUCAUGAGCCAGGACCUUUUCGUGUCGAAGAAAAAGAGCCUAACCAACCUCUCUGGCUCCGCGUUAUAUCGUGAAUGUCUGAACCUAGCCCCAAAAAUCCAGGCCCUACUAUCCGACGCCGAGCUUGUCUCAGACAUAAAAUCCGCCUCGGACUGGUCGUAUAACGCUGACUCCUACGCGAGCCCGUAUAUCCGGCUCGCCGGGGACGCGGGCUGCUUUAUUGACCCGUACUUUUCUUCCGGCGUGCAUCUUGCGUUGGCCAGCGGGCUCUCGGCCGCAAUGACAAUUCAGGCGGCGAGAAGGGGAGACUGCGAUGAGCUUGCUGCGGCGAAAUGGCACUCAAGUAAAGUGAAAGAGGGGUAUACAAGGUUCCUGCUAGUUGUGAUGGUGGCGAUGAAGCAGAUUCGGCAUCAAACGGAGCCGGUGCUGAGUGACUUUGACGAGGACGGAUUCGAUAGGGCGUUUGGGUUCUUCAGGCCGAUCAUCCAAGGCACAGUCGACGCCGACGUCGGCAACAGACUGACUCAAUCCGAGGUCUCGAAAACAGUCGACUUCUGCCUCGGCGUAUUCAAGCCCGUCACUGCGGACCCGGCGAAAGACAAGGAGAUCAUGGCCAAGGUGGCUAGUGGCGACGCGGGCGACCUCGAGUCUCUCCCCGAAGACGAACUGCAAAUUCUGAAGUCAAUCCGGGCCCGGCAGGUGCUGAGGACGGGGGACUUGCUGAACCUGGACAAUUUUAACAGGGACGCUAUUGAUGGGAUGGUGCCGCGCUUGAAGCUGGGAAGCUUGACGCUGGUGAAGGUGGAGGCGGCGGGGCAGCAGCCUGAGUAUACAGAUAUCUUUGACCUGAGGAAGUUCACGACUCUGCUCUAA